UCCCGUGCCUGCUUUCCUUUUGCUUUGUGUCCAGCAGUUGUUAUCGACGGUAGUUGUUUGCGCACAUUCUAACACACAGCCGCCAUGCUGCCCUCGUUACCCGCCGGCCUGGGGCACCUCCUGCCGCUGCUCUCGCUAUCACACCGCGCCCUCGCACAAUCGCUGUCGCUGUCCCCUCCGAGUAGUGCCCCAGAUGGCGCCUCGGAAUACCUCGAUGCCUCGUUUGCUGGCUUUGGCAUCGAGCCCUCGAACCUGUUCUCCUUUACCGGCGGCGACACACCCAACACAUUUUCUGUGAAGCUGCUGCAGAACCUCGCCGACUACUCGGGCGCGCCGCCGCACAUUCGCUUGGGCGGCAACACACAAGAUUACAUGCUCUACGAUGCAGAAUACACAAACAUUGGGUGGAAGAGCAACCCCAGCUCCACGGCGCAGGGCAACAUCGCCGCCGACUCGAUGAUCAUUGGGCCGGGCUACUUCCAGGCAUUGAACCGCUUCCCCAAGGACACGCCCGUCACAUUUGGCCUCAACCUGGCCUACAUGGAGGACGAUUGGGAGGACCGCAUCGUGGCUGCUGCCCAGGGUGCUGUGUCUGGCAUGACCAACGUCAAGCUGUACUCGUUCGAGGUUGGCAACGAGCCCGACCUGUGGCUGCAAAACACCUUCCGUACCGCGCCCUGGAGUGGCAAGGAAUACACAACACAGUUCCUCGACCGCGCCGAGGCCGUCUACACCCGUGUGCUGGAGCCAGCGGGCCUGCCGUCGUCUUUCUUCGAGUCUCCUGCGACCGCCUCCACCAUCGGCACCACCUUCGAGAUCUCACAGCUGGUCGAUGACGGCAUGAUGGAAGGCAGGAACGGCGACAACUACAUAACCGUCUGGAACCAGCACGACUACUUCUAUUUCAUUGGCGUCACACCGACACCCAUAACGCUUAACGAUCUUAUGCAAUUCGACCAAACUAACACUCAGUUCGCAUACUGGGAGAAGCAGGUCAAGAUUGGCCUCAAGACCGGCCUGCCCUAUGUCCUCCGUGAGAUGAGCUCUAUUGGACCCAUUGGCAUGCCCGGCGUGUCUGACGCCUUUGGUGCUUCUCUCUGGACCCUCAACUUUUUGCUCUACGCCGCCUCCCUCGAUAUUUCUUCUGUACAGAUGCACAUGACCGACAACUCCAACGCCAGUGCAUGGCAGCCAAUUACCAUGUAUGGACGUGCGCCCUUCGUACGAACGCUGUACUAUGCCCAUGCCGCCAUGGCCCAGAUUGUUGGCAACGGUAACGGAACAACCCAAAUUGCCAGCAUGAGCACUAGCAAUGUCGGCGCCACGUACGACGGCCGUAUUCGUGCGUAUUCAAUGUACGCUCAUGGCAACCUGCAGGCUGUCAUUAUGCUCAACGGCAAGCAAGCCAAUGCGUCGCAAUCCGCCAAGGGCAGUUUCAGCUUUACCGUAAACUUUGGCUCCUCAAACGGCAACAAGAUCGUCUAUCUCUCCUACCUGACCGCUGACGGCGCUGACUCCCAGACUGGAGCCACCUGGAACGGCAUGACCUACUCCGACAUCACUGGCGAAUCCAGCAUCGUCGAUGACACUCUCCACACAGUCACCCUUGACGGCUCUGGCAAGGCUACCAUCCCUGUCCGCGACUCACAGGCCGUUGUAGCCAACAUCGGAUGGCAGAUUGGCAGCACGGCGGUUCUGAAGAGCGACGGCAGCACUGCGAGGAAGAGUAACGCCAGUCCCCGCAACUCUCCCACCUCCUUCACGGCUGUAUGGGCCAUGCUCGCCACAACCGUUGCGCUCCUGGCCUUCAGCGCCUGAACCUAGAUUCUUAAUUCGAGAUCGCACAUUUCCUUUUGUUAUUGCAUGGACCGGAUACAGGCUACACAGCAUAUGACGGCGUUACACGAAAGCGUGUUUGCAUUUUCCUAAUCUUUCGACUCCAGUUGGAGCGAUACUCAUGACAAGCCUUUUCAUUUCA